AUGACUUUAUCAUCAAGAAGAAAAGAAUUAAGAGCAUCAUUAAGAGGUAAUGGAGGUAGAGAUGAAGAUUCAGUAAAUCAACAAAUAGAUGAUACAUUAAAUAGUGUACAACAUUCAAAUGAAACAACGGCAACUACCAAUCAUCAAUCUGAAACUUUCAAAAAAGAACCAGAUGCUACCAAUACCAACGUUAGAGAAUUAGAUUUUGAAGUUGAUGAUGGUGAUGAUUCAGGUAAUGAUGGAGAUUUUGCUCCUAAUCCUGCAGAUGAAGUAGAUGAUGAUGAUGACGAUGAUGAUGAAAAUGCUGAAUUUUUUGAUGCUGAAGAAUAUUCAUCAGAUACAACUAAUGGUAAAAGAUCAAGAAAAUCUAAAUUAAAUCAAGAUAUUUAUAAUCAAAAUAAAAAAUAUAAACAACAACAACAGCAACAACAACAUCAACAUCAACAACUAUUACAACAUCAGCAACAACAUCAACAUCAACAAGUACAACAACAACAACAACAACAACAAGUAAAUCAAUAUCAUCAACAUCCACCAAAUCAACAUCAUACAUUCCAUCAAAUCCCUGGUACUGAUAAUGUAGCAACAGCAGUUGAAAUUGCAACAGGUGUUAAUUUUUCAAAUUCUCAAGUUCCAAAACAAACAAGAACAAUUUUUAAAGAUAUUGAUAAUCCAGAUUCAAGUAUUUGUGAAUAUUGUGGUAAAGAAUUUAGAAAUGUUAUUGAUAAAAGAAAUCAUAGAAGAACUCAUUCACAACCUAAAAAAUAUGAAUGUAGUACUUGCGGUAAAAAAUUUAGUCAAAAAGCAAAUUUAGCAAUUCAUGAAACUCAUGUUCAUCAUGAUUUAGUAUUAGAUGAUGAUUUACCAACAACAACUACAACAACUCAACAACAAGAACAACAACAUCAACAACAACUUUUAUCAAGUGAAGAUCCUCAAUUACAAUUAGAACAGCAACAACAUCAUCAAUUAGUUCAACAACAACAAGCUCAAGUUCAAGCUCAAGUUCAAGCUCAACAAGCUCAACAACAAGCUCAACAACAUGAUUUACAACAACAAUUGGCUCAACAACAACAGCAACAACUGCAACAACAAUUUGGUUCUAAUAUAGUUGAAGAUAAUGUUAAUGUUUUUGCUGAUGGAACACCAACAAAUGCUCCUCCAACAAUUUCAACUACUACUCAAUCAUCAACAACUAAUACUCAAACAAAACCAUAUGUUGAUUUAAAAGAUGUUAGAGUAUUUCAUUGUAAUGCUUUCAAAUGUGGUAAAGCAUUUAUAUCAUAUGAAAAAUUAAUGAAUCAUAUUGAUGCAGAACAUAAAAAUUUUCAUGAAGAAAAUAUUGAUCCAAAUAAUCAAUUUCAAAAUCCAGAUACUGCUCAUGCAGCAGUUAUGGCAGCAGCAGCAGGAAAUAAUCCAAAUGUAUCAUCAAAACCAAAAAGACCAAAAAAAGAAUCUGGAUCAAGUGGACCACAUGCAAAAAUCCAUCAUUGUACUCAUCCAGAAUGUGAUAAAUCAUUUGCUAAAAUUUCAGAUUUAACAAGACAUUAUAGAAUUCAUACUGGUGAAAGACCUUAUGUUUGUGAACAUUGUGGUGCUUCAUUUAAUCAAAGAUAUAGAUUAACUACUCAUAUUAGAAUUCAUACUGGUGAAAAACCUUUUAGUUGUAAAUAUUGUGGUAAAACUUUUGCAAGAGGUGAUGCUGUUCAAUCUCAUAUUUUUUCUAUUCAUAGAGCAAAAGGUGAAGCUUUUUAA